AUGGAUGAUAUUAGAAUUCUCGUUGCAAUGGAUUUUGGGGCUACAUAUUCUGGAAUUGUUGUAGUAAAUAGUUUCAUGGUAAUUAUGCCAGGACGAGGUGUACCAAAAGACACAGCACUUCAAUAUGAUGAAGGGCAUAAAAAAGUAACCAGUUGGGAAUUUAGCUUUAUAGAUGAAAAAAAUGAUGAAGUAUCAGAUGAUACAGAAGGACAACAUUCACAUUCUGUUGAAUAUAAUGAGAAAGAAAGAAUUAGCCUCAAUUAUAUUAUACAUAAGCUAUUGAAGAUUAUUAUAUAG